CAUCGGAUAAGUGGGGUUGCAUUUUGUCUUGGAUGAUGAAAUCCUUGCGAACGAUUUCGGAAUUAUCACAUGUGGCCGUUGCUGUAGCGCGCAGCGUAGGGCAUCUGUCAAAAUCUGGUUUUGUUAUUGUUAUUGUCACUUCCUUCCCUUCCCAGCCGUUCCGUUACUUCCUGCUCACCGCAAUAACAACACCCCGUAUACGGGCGCCUGUUUUGACAGGUUUCGCGGGGUGCUCGGCGGUGCAGAAAAAAAAACAGUGAAAAAUACCGGCAAACGGUACAACACGGCAGGGAGACAACGGCAGCAUGAACCACUGAAAAAGAAGCAGCAUCCGCGUGUUCGCUUUGUAUAGUAUUGUUUUUCGAAUUGCUCAAUCGAAACCACCAUGUGGUGCUGGCGGGCGGUUCGAUACGCCUCGAGCGGAACGGUCCGCCGUACGGCAUCGAGCGAUGCCAGCGCACAGAACGUCUGCCUCAGUCUCGUUAGGAACCACGACAAGGAGAACUUUCUCUGCACGCUGCUGCUGAAGAAUCCGGAGCGGCGCAGCGCGCUGGCCGUGCGCGCCUUCAACGUGGAGGUGGCGAAGGUGAGCGAGAAGGUGUCGGCCGGCAAUGUGGGCGUGAUGCCGCUCAAGUUCUGGGAAAACACCGUCACCACGCUGUACCGGCCGGCGGACGGGGACGCCGGCGCCGUGCCGGACCAUCCCGUCAUCCGCGAGCUGCACCGGGCGGUCCGCGAGCACAAGCUGUCCAAGCGCUACCUGCAGCGGCUGGUGACGGCGCGGGCCAACUCGAACCUGCACUUCGUCACGGUGAAGCAGCUGGAGGACUACGCGGAGCAGGCGGUGGCGAGCGUGCUCUACCUGCUGCUCGAGGUGCACGGCACGCGCAACGUGCACUGCGACCAUGCCGCGUCUCAUCUCGGCAAGGCGCAGGGUAUCGUGAACCUGCUCCGCUCGAUACCGUACCAGACGCGCCGCAGCGCGGUGCCGAUCCCGCAGGAGCUGCUGAUGGCGCACGGCGUCAACCAGGAGCGGAUGGUGCGCAACCGGCCGGACGACAAGGGCGUGGAGGAGGUGACGUUUGCGCUGGCCAGCGUCGCCUUCCGCCAUCUCGAGACGGCCAGGGGGCUGAUCCGGACGGUGCCGCGCCCGGUUCGGCCCAUCUUUCUUCCCUGCGUCAGCAUCGAGCGGUACCUGCACCGGUUGCGGCUCGCCCGCUUUCACCUGACGGACGCGAGCGUGAUGCGCACCGAUUCGCUGCUGCCGCUCGUGCUGUACUGGCGCAAGCUGCGCGGGAACUACUGAGCCCUCGGGGUGGGGCGCGUCAUACAUUUGUUGGUUAGUUGUGUAGAAUAAAUUAAGUAAAGGAAGCAAUAACAACAGCAAAAAAAGCACA